CGGACGGACAGCGCAUGCGUAGAGAUACAGAGCCGAUUACAAACGUCCUGCAGAAUUGGAAGGAGUUUGCUGGGGAUUUGAAAGAUAAAAUGACGAACGAAGAAGAGGCGUCGAAAAGAAAGCCCUUCAAGUUAUUAGGAAUCCUAGAUGUUCGGAACACCCCGUGCGCCAGAGAGUCCAUUCUGCAGGGUGCUGGUGGAUCCCUAGUCGCUGGCUUUGGAUACUUUUUAGCAACAAGCAGAGUACGGAGAUCUUUUGAUGUCGGAAUGAUAGGAUUCACUCUUACAACCCUGGUAUCUUGGUUCCAUUGUAGGUACAACAACGCCAAGCUCCGAAUACAGCAAAGGCUAAUCCAAGAUAGUUUGCAGAACAAGGUGGUCUAUGAAGGCACGGGUCUGGACCCCUCUCAGAAACAGGGCAGGGGCUCUCCAGGGAGCUCAUGAAUGCAGCACUAUUACUGAGAUGUUCUUUGUGAGUUCAAAGUGCCGGUCUUCCCAUCAUGGUACAGCAAAGUCUUCAUGUGGUUCGUGUUCUGUUAUGUUCACUUACUGUCCUUAGAGGACAUAUGUUUGAAUGUUUAAAUGAAAUGUUUGUUGGAGUAUGCAACGAUUAAAUUUUUAUUUAUUGGA